AUGGCUAACCGGCGAGCAGGCAUCGCCAGCUUUUCCCACCCUGCCAUCCUGCUGCAGUACAUGGAGAUCUGCGUCCGGUACUGCGUCAUCUUCGAGACCCAUCCCGACCUGAUCCCCCAGGUUCUCGAGAACUUCGUCCGCUUGGUCCACCACGAUCACGUCCGGCUCAAGACUCGGUCCUGGUAUCUCUUCCACCGAUUCAUCAAGCAGCUGCGGUCUCGCGUCGGCAACGUCGCCGAGACGGUCAUCCAGUCCAUCGGCGAUCUGCUGCCCAUCAAGGCCGAGAUGCCGGGCGAGGACGCCGACGUCGACGACAUGUCGUCGGACGAGUCGGAUCACUCGGCCGACGCCCUCUUCACGAGCCAGCUGUACCUCUUCGAGGCCAUCGGCUGCAUCUCGUCGACGAGCAGCACGCCUGCCGAGAACCAGGCCCUCUACGCCCGCUCCGUAAUGGACCCCCUCUUCCGGGACAUGGAGCUGCACCUGCCCCGUGCCAAGUCCGCCGACGCCCAGGCCGUCCUCCAGAUCCACCACAUCGUCCUGGCCUUGGGGACGCUCGCCCACGGAUUCUCCGACUGGACGCCCGGCACCGCCUCCAGCCAUCACCCGCCGCCCGAGAAGGCCUUGUCGGACGAGUUUGCGCGCGCCGCCGAGGCGAUUCUCAUCGCCUUGAAUCAGCUCAACUUUUCGGCAGAGAUCCGAACCGCCUGUCGAUCCUCCUUCUCCAAACUCCUCGGCGUCCUCGGCUCCGCCGUCCUGCCGCAGCUGCCGCAGUGGAUCGAGGGCUUGCUGUCGCAGAGCUCGUCCAAGGACGAGAUGGCCAUGUUCUUGCGUCUGCUGGAUCAGGUGGUCUUUGGCUUCAAGUCCGAGAUCUACGACGUCCUGAACAUGCUGCUGACCCCGCUUCUGCAACGUAUUUUCGGCGGCUUGAGCGAGCCCAUCGCGGGCACCGACGACGAGAUACAGCUGGCCGAGCUCAGGCGAGAGUACCUUUCGUUUUUGCAAAUCAUCCUGAACAACGGCUUGGACGGCGUGCUCAUCAGCGAGUCGAACCAAGGCUUCUUCGAGCCCAUGAUUUCCUCCAUCACCGAGCUCGCUAAGACUCUGGACGGGAACAUUGGGCCCAGCCGGCUUGCUUUCACGCUCAUGACGCGCAUGUCGGCCAUCUGGGGAGGCCCCGAUGUCGCCGUCAUUUCCAGAAGCCCGACGGCGCCCAGCGGGAGCCCAACUCCGGCGAUCCCUGGGUUCGACCGCUUCAUGAUUGACAGGUUCCACGCCGUCUGCUGGGAAGUGAUGCGGAACCCGAGCUUCCGCCCUUCGCAGGACGCGCAAACGAAGCAGGUCCUGAACGAGAUUGCCGGCUUGGAGCAGACCAUCUACACGAAGACGGGUGACAUGUUCAUCCAGGAGCUGCAGAACCGUCUCUUCCCAAGCCUCGGGGUUGACGCCGACGUUUUCCUGGCGUCGCUCACCACGUCGACGGAUAAAAAGGGGUUUUCAUCCUACCUGCAGGGUUUGCUGAAGAGCAGGCAGUAA